CCGUGAAGAAAUGGAAGAACGUGACAAGCAAACCUACCAAUUACCAACAGCUCUCGACGCAAGCUAGCCCACCGCGCAGCCAAAUGAAUUCACUUCAAUGCGGUCAGAACCACCACCACAUCUUAUGCUCUUCAUUGUUCACUCACACAGUCACACUCCCUCUCCAGAACCACAGCUCACUCGAAACAUGUAAAGCUGGACUGCUCGAGUAUUCAUAAGUACCGGCAGCGUUUCGCCAUCGCUGUGCGUAGUGCUUCUGCUGAAACUUUCUAGCCUCCCUCGCUUCUUCUCCAUGGAUCUUCGCAACGCAAGAUGGACGGCUCCAUCGCUGUGCCUGGUGCUCGUGCUUGUUCACGCAAGCAUUUAUGCUUGCGCGGGAGCUCCCAAAACAUACAUUGUUCAGAUGGCCGCGUCAGAGAUGCCGAGCUCGUUCGACUAUCACCAUGAGUGGUACGCUUCCACGGUGAAAUCCGUGAGUUCUGCCCAGCUGGAAGCUGAAGCGGGUGACGACGACGCUUACACGCGGAUCGUCUACAACUACGAGACGGCCUUCCAUGGCUUCGCCGCUCGCCUCGACGAGGACGAAGCCGAGCGGAUGGCCGAAGCUGCCGGCGUGCUGGCCGUGCUCCCGGAGACGGUCUUGCAGCUGCACACCACCAGGAGCCCGGACUUCCUCGGCAUUGGGCCCGAGAUCAGCAACAGCAUAUGGGCCGCCGGCCUCGCCGACCACGACGUCGUCGUCGGCGUGCUGGACACCGGCAUAUGGCCCGAGAGCCCCAGCUUCAGCGACAAGGGGCUCGGCCCCGUGCCGGCCAAGUGGAAAGGCCUGUGCCAGACCGGGCGCGGCUUCACCACCAAGGACUGCAACCGCAAGAUCAUCGGGGCGCGCAUCUUCUACAACGGCUACGAAGCCUCGUCGGGGCCCAUCAACGAGACCACCGAGCUCAAGUCCCCGCGCGACCAGGACGGCCACGGCACGCACACGGCCGCCACCGCCGCGGGCUCCUCCGUGCAGGACGCCGGCCUGUUCGGCUACGCCCGCGGCGUGGCCCGCGGCAUGGCGCCCAGGGCCCGCGUCGCGGCCUACAAGGUGUGCUGGGCCGGCGGCUGCUUCAGCUCCGACAUCCUGGCGGCCGUCGAUCGCGCCGUGUCGGACGGCGUCGACGUGCUCUCCAUCUCCCUUGGGGGCGGCGCCUCCCCUUACUACCGUGACAGCUUGUCCAUAGCGUCGUUUGGGGCUAUGCAGAUGGGCGUGUUCAUCGCCUGCUCCGCCGGCAACGCCGGCCCGGACCCGAUAAGCCUCACCAACCUGUCGCCGUGGAUAACCACGGUGGGCGCGAGCACCAUGGACCGUGACUUCCCGGCCAAGGUGACGCUCGGCAAUGGCGCCAACAUCACGGGCGUCUCGCUUUACAAAGGCAGGCAGAAUCUUUCGCCUCGGCAGCAGUAUCCCGUGGUCUACAUGGGCGGCAACUCGAGCAUCCCGGACCCCAGGUCCAUGUGCCUCGAGGGGACACUGGAGCCCCGCGACGUCGCCGGGAAGAUAGUGAUAUGCGACAGAGGCAUCAGUCCUCGCGUGCAGAAGGGGCAGGUCGUCAAGGAAGCCGGUGGCAUCGGCAUGAUACUCACCAACACUGCGGCGAACGGCGAGGAGCUUGUCGCCGACAGCCAUCUCCUGCCGGCCGUGGCCGUUGGGGAGUCUGAAGGCACUGCUGCCAAGAAGUACAGCAAGACGGCUCCAAAACCGACGGCGACACUCAGCUUCGCAGGAACAAAGCUCGGGAUCCGGCCGUCGCCAGUGGUUGCCGCGUUCUCGUCUCGGGGUCCAAACUACCUGACGCUGGAGAUCCUCAAGCCGGACCUCAUCGCGCCCGGCGUGAACAUCUUGGCUGCUUGGAGCGGCGACGCGAGCCCGUCGAGCUUGUCCAGCGACCGCCGUCGUGUCGGGUUCAACAUCCUGUCCGGGACGUCCAUGUCGUGCCCGCACGUCGCCGGCGUGGCCGCGCUGCUCAAGGCAAGCCACCCUGACUGGAGCCCGGCGCAGAUCAAGUCCGCGCUGAUGACCACCGCGUACGUCCACGACAACACCUACAGCUUGCUGAAGGAUGCCGCGACCGGCAAGGCGUCCACGCCGUUCCAACAUGGAGCUGGCCACAUACACCCGCUGCGAGCUCUCAGCCCUGGCCUGGUCUACGACAUUGGGCAGGGCGAUUACCUGGAGUUCCUCUGCACGCAGGACCUGACGCCGAUGCAGCUCAAGGCCUUCACCAAGAACUCAAACAUGACAUGCAAGCACAGCCUCAGUUCGCCAGGCGACCUGAACUACCCAGCCAUCUCUGCCGUCUUCACAGAUCAGCCGUCCGUUCCGCUGACGGUGCACCGCACCGUGACGAACGUUGGUCCUCCUUCUUCGACGUAUCAUGUCAAGGUCACGAAGUUCAAAGGCGCCGACGUUGUCGUCGAACCUAAUACCCUGCACUUCAGCAGCUCAAACCAGAAGCUUGCCUACAAGGUUACACUGAGAACCAAGGCCGCCCAGAAGACACCCGAGUUUGGAGCUCUGUCAUGGAGCGAUGGUGUCCACAUCGUUCGGAGCCCCUUGGUCCUGACAUGGCUGCCACCAAUGUGAGCUUUUUUUCUUUCAUGUAUUAUUGUUCUACAUUAGUCAGGUCUUGAGCAGGAACAGCUGUGCCCUGGACCCUUUGUAAGCGAGGUCGAUAAAUCAGUCAGGUAGCAUCAGAGAUGCAGCACAGGUGUUAACUUACCGAAGAAGAAUGUUUGCCAAGCUCCACAUCAAAACAAGCUUUAAUCCUCAAAUGUAUCCAUGCUUAUUCUGAA